AUGGAUCGCCUGUCGACGCUGAACUCGUAUGUCUCGUUGGUCGAGCGAAAAGUCAGCGCGAGGAGUGCUGAUCCGUCCGUGAUAAUCCUGUUUGGAUGGUUGGACGCGCAACAGAAACAUCUCUUGAAAUAUGUCGAUGGCCUUCAGAACAUUUUUCCGUCGUCCGCAGUCGUGGUUAUCAAGGCAACAUCCUCGUAUUACUUUUCAUCUCAAAGGACAUUGGAAUCCGUAUUAGCACCUGCAGCCAGCAUUCUACAAACACACGCAGCCAAUAGGUCCAACUUCAGCGGCGUACUUAUACACGUGCUAUCCAACGGCGGAGGUUUUCAAUUCAUGACGUUGCGCAAGAUCUUGGCAAACAUGAACGUCGGGAGCGAGCCUUCUGUGCGAGUACAAGUACCCACCGCACUGGUUAUGGACUCGACGCCAGGACACAGCGGAUUGGCAUCUUCAGUUGCGUCGUGGGCACCCAAGAAUCCGGUAUUACGAUUGCUCUCAAUCCCUCCAAUUUCAAUGAUCUACGGGAUAUUCUAUGCGAUCAACUCAUUGACCGGAAAUCCUCCGAUUUUCGAUGAACUCCGGUCGUCGCUGAACACCGUGAACCUGCUGCCCACAGUCACGGACUGUCAAGAGCCUUCAGCAUCUCCACGCUUGUAUAUCUUCUCCGACAAAGAUCACGUCGUUCCCGCGUACAGCGUUGUCAACCACAUGAACGAGGCCAAAGCGCGCGGCUUACACGUGGAUCACGAGAGAUACGAGCGCUCGUCACACGUAUCGCACCUUCGAGUUGACCCAGAACGAUACUGGGCCGCAGUGAGUCGGCUCUGGUCUAAAGCGAUGGAACUACACGCGUUGCCAACCGCUGUCCUGUAG